AUGGCCGCGUUCGUGCCGCAGAAGCCUUCGAUGCCACCUCCGUCUUCCAAGUCGCCUCGUCGUCGCAUGAGUGCUACGCCACCGGCCUCGCAGCAGAGCAGCACAAGAUCCAAGCCCAGUGCAGCCGACCUUGUGGAAUUUCGAGAUUGUGUGACGAGCCACUCAGUGAGUCCAUCAGUCAGCACGAUGUCAGACACCAUGUCGGAUGUCCAGGAAAGCAGGGUUCACUUCGAGGAAACACCGGAGAUCAUCUUGUUUCUGAGUGCUGACGAGGGCAGUGCCGAGGAGCUUCCAGUGGUUGCAGAGGAGGAUCAGCGAGGCCAGGCAGUCGAGAUCGGCGAGACUCCGUCGGCAGUGCCAGCUGGCCAUGACGCAUGCGAAGGAGGCGGAGGUCUGGCCAACCUUGCCGCAGAGAGGCGGGACGCCAUGCUCCGGAAGCUCUUCCCGGGCACCGAGAGUGCGCGCUUAAUACGCCCUCAGCAUCCGGUCGAUUGGGUAGAAUAA